UAAGAGCAGGAGAAUCCAUUUUUAGAACGGUUACUCGUUCGGGCCCUUUGGCUUGCUUAUGUAUUUGUUGAUUAAUUUGGGUUCAUGUACAUACAUAAGACUCUCAAAGAGACUAACAGUUGAUGAGAACACAAAUCCACGGAGUCAUCUGCGAUUUGCCAAUUUUAAAUUUAGUCUAUAGGUACUCGUUUUGCAUAACGCAGCUACUCUUCAAUGUGUUACGAAUUUUCUUGAUAUGUGUACAUGAAUGUAUUACAAAUAUAAAAUUGGAUUUUUGACAUAAUCUAAAACCGCCAUCUCGUUGCAUACGGGAAUGAAAUAUAUUAAAUACUAAGUUUGAAAGUUCAAAAGAAAGAGAAUAUCCAAAAAUAUGCAUAAAUAUAUGUUCGCGCAUGUAUAAGUUUUGAUUGUGUAAUUUUAUGCGGGUGAAAUUGCUUAUAUAUUUGGUAAUACAAGAUUUAAAUCUUUUGUUAACCAUUUAUCUUUUGAAAACAAAUUUGAUCGCUUCUAAAAAUUCUAUAUAGUGCUCCUGUGUAUGUAUUAAAGUUAACAGAUUUCUGUUGAUGUAUAAGUUGUUUCAAUUAUAAACAAUUGUACAUCUAUUUGUAAGACAAAAAUAUGUUAAUCUACAAUUCAAAAAUAAGUUUAAUUUACAUAUAAAAUGUAUUAGUAAAUUUGGACCGAUCGUUCCUAAAAAAUAGACUGUUAUACUGAGCAUAGGUCUCAGGAUAGGCACUCGAUACUGAUAAACAUCAAGGAACCAGCUUAAAAUAAAUUAAAAGGGAAACAAACGAGACAUACUUCUGUUUUAGAUCUUUUUCGAUGGAUUCAAAGCUAUAAUAACAAAUUCAAUGAGCAAACCAAUACCUAAGGUAUGUUUAUACCAGAUACUUUAAGAGGCUGUAUGAUCGAGACGGACGUUUCUUCUUAUUUGCAAACUUCAUCGUCGGGACAGGAUGAAUUUCACCCUUUUAUUGAGGCACUCUUACCGUACGUCAAAUCAUUUUCCUACUCUUGGUUUAAUUUGCAAGCCGCCAAACGAAAAUAUUAUAAGAAACAUGAAAAACGAAUGUCAUUGGAGGAGGAAAGACAUUGUAAAGAUGAACUGCAGAAUGAAAAAACAGAGGUGAAGCAAAAGUGGGCCUCUCGUCUUCUUGGGAAACUCAGAAAAGAUAUUACACAAGAAAGUCGAGAGGAUUUUGUGCAAUCCAUAAUAGGAAAGCGAAAAACCAUUUGUGUUCUUUCAAACCCCGAUCAAAAAGGAAAAAUGCGACGCAUAGACUGCUUACGGCAAGCAGACAAAGUGUGGCGACUUGACUUGGUCAUGGUCAUACUCUUCAAAGCGAUACCUUUAGAAAGCACUGAUGGUGAGCGGCUAGAAAAAAAUCCAGAAUGCCUGCAUCCUGGAUUGUGUGUAAAUCCGUACCAUAUAAAUGUUUCUGUUCGAGAAUUGGACUUAUACUUGGCCAACUUUAUAAAUACUCAUAAUUCAGCUACCAAUACGAAUCCGACAUUUUCAACACCUCCAGGUGUGAAUUCAAGAUCACCACACUUGAGCUUAUAUACUAGAAAUACUGAUCUAUCAGACAGAAAAGAUGAGGUCGUUGACAUGAAAAAUGAGGGUGUUAGACAAAAUCCAUAUAAUGGUGUAGUUUGUAAUGAUAUUAUUUUAGCAACCGGAGUAUUUUCAUCACAAGAACUGUGGACAUUAUCCAAAGAUCUAAUUUUAGAUGAAGCAAACGAUAAUAAUCUGAACUCUAAUCUUAUUAAGAGGGAGAAUGUUGGAGCUGCCUAUGAGUGCAAUACAUAUCAAAUGAACUCUGAAUCUUCAAUGUCUGCCGCCCAGAGUUUGGUUCAAUCUGGAGCAAUUGUGGCCAAUCCGAUUCCCCUUGGUUAUAGUAUUGACUUCAUAGAUCAAAGGAGUAUGCAUUUAUCACAAAGCCCGUUGCUGCGUACAGAAGGCACAAAUGGUGAUGCCCAUGAUGUCAAUAAGAUCGAUCAAAACAGCUCUCCGCCAAUCACAAGUACUUCAUCAGACAAUGGAACUAGUAGUUUUUCUUUAAUCGUAAGAGCAACGGAUAGCUCUAGCGGAGAUACAAAAACUCCCACAGAUUCAACCAUUUCUCUGCACCGAUAUACGUCUCUUAAUAAUAGGCCACUACCCCAAGCUAUUUCACAACAUAAUUGUUCUUCAUUACAUACAACUUCGACCAGUCCGAUUAGUACCUUGUAUUACCCUCAGCAUAAUAAUCCGCGAACAUCUCAGUCAACUUCGGUUGAAGAGCCAAACCGGGUUGCUUCCGAUAAAUAUUUAACGGAGCCUCAAGAUAUCUCGGAUUUCGUCACAUAUGUUUGUCAAGAUUCUAGCCACACGACAACAAUAACUGGACCAGUGGAUAACCAUCCAUUUCAACACUCUCAUACACUCCCACAUUCUCACGUCUCACAAGGUCAUUCGCCACAUUUUCAAAUCCAUCAACAACUGCGAACUGCAAAAUUAACGACUUCGCCGUCAACUCAUUAUCAUAGUACAAUGCUUCCGCCAAUGCUGCCUCCAAUGGCUCGACCUGUAGCUAUAAUUCGCAGUAGCAGUGAUUUAACACUAGUCCAAUCACCACCUCCUUCUUUGACGUUGACAAACCAAUCUCCAAACUUGAACAGCAACAACUGUAUUUCCAAAAAUAGCUUGGAAACCGAUAAUAUUAGACUUACAAAUACCCUAGUCAAUAGCCAUAGUCCCGAUAAUACAGAAAUUGUUACACAACACGAAAUAACGGGAACUGCAUCGCCUCAACCGCAACCUCACACGCCGGCAUCAACAAGUCCCCAAUCUUAUCUUGAUCCUGGUCGUUGUAAACUUUUAUCAGCUGGAUCGAACAUAAGCAGAAUUACUACGCAAAUAUAUCCCCCAUCAAAUAACAGAGAAUAUUUUAAUCACUUUCAUUCGCAACCUUCCUCGCUUUUGGGAUAUGCCGGCUCCAUUUCCACAAUGUCUGGUGUUAUAAGUCCAACAGAUUUGAGUCUUUAUUCAGCUCCAAUGGCUGUAUCACGUUCAAGUGGCAGGACUAGAUGGAACGAAGGGGAGCAUAAUAUAAUUCCACAUUCUGUAUCUAGUACAAACAUAGAAAACACCCAAGUAAUUUUAAUGGAUGAUUAACUCAUUUCAGCGUCUGGACGUUAUAUAGAUGACUACUCCAACCGUGACUAUGUAUCAUGAUCUAAGAUCAAUGAUAUAAAAGUGAUUAAACUCUUCGGCUUGGGCAUGCCAAAACAAUAAUAAAAUAGGAGUACCUUAAAUACAUAGAAUAAAACCAAAAGCAAUUUAAUUUAACUGAAACAAUCGAUAAUAACACUACGCUUUAUAUUUAAAUAUAGUAAGGCGGAAUUGAAAUAAGGUAAUUGGUCAUACGUCUAUAUAAUUACACCGGUAUAACAAUAAUGCCUGUAAGCCAGGAGAAAGAAAUUAUUAAAGAAAAACUGCAAUCGGGGUAGUUGCUUUAAAAAGCUCAAUAAACGUACCGGAUCUCAUUUCGUUUUCUUCUUUUAAAAACAUGAAAACAUUAAUAAUAGAAGUAUAGACCUGCACGAGUACACUCAAAGUGUGUUUUAAAUCACUUUAAAAAAAGGUUGACAACUCAAAAAAAAAUUGAUAGCUCGUCUUCUUAAUUUUUUUAUACAAAAUUGAUUGAAUCAUCGGAACUGUGAAUACCAAGAUAAUUUGAUAACGCGGCCCAAAUUUGACUUCAGAGAAAGUACUUAUUGAAACUAGCUACAACCCAUUGGCUAUUGCGUAAGCCAUUUUAAAAUUAGUUUUAAGGCCUUCGGCAUUAUUAAAUAAUAUGUAGCUCUCAACAAAUCCGACAAAACAGUAUUCUGCCUGCACCACACUAGGUAAUCUUUUUCAAAAUUAAGCCAGUUCUUACUGUAGUUUUCUAAUUGCUAUAAAAGACUUAGCUAGUUUUGAUGAAUACUUUUGAAAUUCCAAUUUAAAAUUUAUUUUCUUGUUGGGCAGUGGAAUUAAAAAAUUAGUUUCCGUUAGAUUGGAGGUCAACAUCAUAGUUAUUUUUGUUCACAUUAUACAAAUCUUCUGCAGAGUAUCAGAAAGAAUGUCUAAAAAAGAUUGUGGAUUUUUUUGUUUUUGACUUAGAAUCAUAGUGUUAUUUAAGUUUUGCAGAACUCUAGUAACCAGUAUAGCGUCUUCUGGGCAAUUUACAAUUUCGAUGCUAGCCAUACUGAACAAUAACUAAAUAUUACUUAAUAUACAUAUGAUAAUUUAAAUACAUUUAUAAGAGCCUUACAAAAAAUAGUUCUGUCAUGAUAUUAAAAAGAGUUUAUUAAAGCUUUUAAUUUUAAAAAUUAUAAAGUAAAUUCUUAUGCGAAAAAUAAUUGUAUCUUUAGAAUUUAUUUUGAUGGUGAAUUUAAAUUCAAAUGUCAAAAAUAAGGAAUAUAAUGAAUAAAAUGUUAUGACAAUAGUAGCAGUACUAACGAAAGUAUCGCCACAAUAAAGUGUAUAUAUGACUUAUAGAGGAAAAUUCUAAAAUAGAUUAUGUCCUAUAUGCUCAAAGAUUAUAAUCAUUGCUUUUUUAAAAUGUUGAGUGAACUUUAAAAGGAGUUCCAAUAUAAUACGCUCAAUAUUUAUAUUUUUUUAAGAGCUUUAAUAUUGUAAAUUAAAGACUCUUUCUGUUUUUAUUUAUUUAAGUGUAAGAAAAAAAUUAUAAUAAGUGCCUGAAAUAAUGUCUAUCAUAUUGUCAAAGUUAGUUUGAUUUUAAUAUUUUGUAGUCGUAAGUUCUGACGUGAAUAAUAUUAAAAUAACACUUGUAGUUAAAAUUAAUGUUUUUCGAAAAAAUAAUUUUUCUAAGUUACUUAUGAUGUCGUGGGCUCACAUAGUGAUAUAAUAGGAAUUCACUCAACUUGGUCACAUUGAGUGGGAAUCUAUUUUCACAGGUCUCCGACCUAAGAGUUUCUUUUCAGUUUAAAUUUAGUUUUAACGUUUGUUAAUUUUGAAAUUUAUAAAAUGUUAGUACAAUAACAAACAGAAGUUGAUGGCAAAGGGCAUGUGAAAAACCAAACAAUAUUCAAACUAAUUAUAGGAAUUGGCUGUGAAUAUAAUCUUACGCUAACGCUGUUUGUAAUUUAUAUUUAAAUGAAAGUGCUUAUUAUGAAACAAAUUAUAUUGUAUUGCAAUUUUUAUAUAUACAUAUAAAAAGUAUAGACUGCAACAGAAAGGAGACUUGGUAAUAAUUUAAGAAAAUAUUUUAUUAAAGAAGACAAUUAAAUAUUAGAAUAUUACAUUCGGAAAAAUGA